AUUCAAACCACUCCUUUAAAUCCAUCAUAGUUUUUUUUUUUAAAUCUAUAAUCUGUGUUGAGCUGCUUCAUUCGUAAUGGAGUAACAGAGAUCGAUCAUUCUUUGAAUUCCAAGUUCACCAUAUAAUUUUAAGGCAAGAUUCGAAGGCUAUUAUUCCUAUCUUCACUACAUCAUGUAAAUACAUUUUCACAUCUUUUAUUGUUUACCAUUAAAGCUGCUGACUCAAGCUGCUUAUCAUGAGCAUCCUUUAUUUGAUAAGAUGGGCCUAGUUCUUAAAAAGCGUCCAUGUUCAUGCUGUUCAACAUGGUAUAAACGGUGACGUUGGAUCGGUGGUGAAUUGACUAAUUAUAUACUAUUAUUUGACGGAGCAACAUGGGAAUCGUUCUUUUGUCUCAUUCCACACUUGUAUAGUAUUAUAAAAACAUACAAGUUGCAAGUAUUCACCAUUAAUACUCAUCCAAACACAACUCUCUCUCUCUCUCUCAAUCUUGAGUACAGAAAUAAAGUUGAAUGGCAGCCAAAUCCAAGACUCUUCAGGUGAUCGGGAAGCACUUAGUUAACAGCCUCCGUUCAUGCGCUUUCCCACGCGCCGUCGCAUCUGAUCUUUCCGUUUCUCGUGUAUUGCUUAACAGGAAUGGUCACACAUCAGCGUAUGAUAAGAACGUAGAGGAAGAAUUGCAACCGAGUAAAGUGCCUGAUGAAUUGAUAAAGUCCGAGUCUGACAAAUAUUGGUCUCCUCAUCCUCAGACCGGUGUCUUUGGACCUUCCUCAUCCUCCACCACCGACAUGGCCGACGAGAAGCUUUCUCGCGGUAGUCAAGAGGACUCCGGAAUGGAGGAGAAAGCUUGGUUCCGUCCAACAAGCCUCGAGGAUUUUGACAAGACUCACCACUCCUAGCAAACAAACUCUUUCCUUUAUGUUAUGUGUGUUUCCGGAGUGUUGUACUAAAAUUUGACGUCGAAUUAUUAUGUUGCAAUAGCAGCCUAAACUUUCGGUGUUAUGAUGUUAUAUGAAUGUGAUUUGUUGUUGUAACG